GUGUCUCCUUCUGUGCAGGUGCGGAUCAAGCAUGGGCAGCCCAGUGCGGACGUGAAGGAAGGCGGAGUCCGGCUGCGAAGAAAGUGGCGGGGAUUCGGUGAGCAGGGGCAGUGGACGUGCGGUGACAGCCAUCUCACGGCAACUCUGAAGCUAUGGCGUUCGCAGGGCUCAAGAAACAGAUCAACAAAGCCAAUCAGUAUGUCAGCGAAAAGAUUGGCGGAGCGGAGGGUACCAAAUUCACAGACGAGUACAUGGAAAUGGAGAGGAAAAUAGACUUGACCAGCGAGUUAGUGGAAGAGCUGAUUGUAAAGACGAAAGAAUACCUCCAGCCAAAUCCAGCAUCCCGAGCGAAGCUGAUGGUAAGCACGAAACUCCGAGGACCGGGAAAAACUCAUGCAUAUCCUCAGCCGGAAGGCGUGCUCGGAGAAUCCAUGGUCAAGUACGGCACUGAUUUGGGCGAGGAGAGCCCCUUCGGUCAGAGCCUGAUCGAAGCUGGAGAGGCCCUGAAGCAGCUGGCCGACAUCAAGUAUGCCCUGGAAGAUAAUGUGAAACAGAACUUUCUUGAGCCCCUUACCCAACUCCAAAACAAGGACCUUAAGGAUGUUUUGGUGAGCCUUGUCAUGUGUACAUGAAUAUACAUGCAGGAA